CUUCUAAUGCUUUGUAUGCAUAGUAGACUCCUAGGUACUGGUGGGCUAGCUUGACUUGUUUUGCAGCAGAACUAGGCCUCAGAACUGCAAUCCCACAUCUGUAGAAAUUUUUUCUUCACCUUGCUGGGUUGGAGCUCGUUUACAAGGGGUCUGGCUCUCAGACAGCCAGGGAACCAGGCGGAGAUGCUGCCUCUGGUGUGGGGGUUAUGGUGCCUGACUGCUCUGAUCCAGGGGCCUCCUGCAUCUGCUGCCUUCCUGCCCCCCAGCGUGGAGAGACUCUUCCAAGUAUUCAGUAACAUCAUGGAGCAAAGCCGGGAAGCCCUGGGGAAAAGCAGCUUUGAGCCCUCGGUGGACAUCAGCAAGCUACCCUCAAACUACCAUAAUGAAGAAAAGCAGCAGCGGAAAGUGGGGAAUGCCACUGUGUACAGCCACCAUGAAAUCAGCAAAGUGACCAACAACCGUACAGGCGAGAUGUUGUUUUCAGAGAAAACGGUGACAUCUAUUGAACAGGGAGCUGUUCAUUCAGAAGAGAGGGGGAAGGAGUGUGUGAGUGACAAUGACUGUCAAAAGGACCAAUUCUGCUUUAAAUCUCUGCUUGCAUCCUGGUGCCAGCAGUGUAAGGCCAAAGAUAUGAUAUGUCGGAAGGAUGGGGAAUGCUGCCUGGGUUACCUGUGUGUGUGGGGCAAGUGUGCAGAAGGUGUGAGUCGCGGUGAGAGUGGGACAAGAUGCAACCCACGCCGAGAGGAGUGCGCUCAGGGGCUGUGUUGUACCCUCAGCAACUCAACCCCGUUUCCAGUCUGCACUCCCUAUCCGAAAGAAGGAGAAGCAUGUCAGUUUCCUAGUGGUACCCUCCUUGGACGGAUGGGUUGGGGCAGAUUGGCAGCAUUUGCCAAACCUAGCCAGUACUGCCCAUGUGCCCAGGGGCUGAAGUGCGGAACAAAAAGAUAUUCAACAGUUUCCACAUGUGAAAAGCCAGAGGAUAACGUGGAUAUUAGCAACCUGGGCCUACAGCUGCCUUUCUUCCAGUCAAUCUUGAUACGGCGAGAUAAAGAGGAUGCGGACUACGACAAUUCUAGGCAAGAUGGUGGUGAACUGGCAAUAGUCAAUAUGCCCAGAGGCCUUUAUACUAUGGAAGAUAUUGGCCAAGCCAAGCAACUAAGUGAAGAUUAUGAUGAGAAGGGACAGUUGCCAUGGGAGGAAGAUAUGGAUAAUCCCAACCAACCAGAUUUCCAGGAACUCAAGCAAUUGGCCAACCAAAUGGGUCAAUACAUUGGGCCUGGCUUUUACUAAUUACAUUUGAUUUUUGCCAAAGCUUUCAUAGCUUGCUACUUUUCCUCACCCUUUUCUCCUUCCCCUUUCUUUCUCCUUUACCUUUUCUGAAUUUUUCCUCACUGUUGAUUUUUAGAUUCUGCAUAGCAAAUAAGACUUCAAUUUGGGUUUUUUUGUUAAUUAAAUCAUCAUCACAUUA